GCCUUAUUUUGCCAUAUUUAGCGGAUAUCUGCAUUUCUUGAUAUAUUCCCCACCUUCUUUCCUAAUAGUUUCACAGACAGGUAUUAGACGCCCAACAAUGCAGCCCUAAGGUUAUAACAGGCGCGCAAACAAAAGAAAACCCAAACAGAAGCUGUUUCAGCUCAAGUGUACUCUUUGAACUCGCUCAAAAGCGGUGCCUCCCUACUCGUAAGGGUUAUUUAAGAAAAAAAAAACACCAUUUGUGAAACCCCUUCUUCAAUUCUUAUUCUAUAUUGGCUUAAAAUAACCCGUCCUGUAUUGAGUUUUUGCUAGUUUUCUCCUCUAAAGCAUGGUGCUGAAGACGUUUGAAUAGUGGUCCAUCAUAUGGGAAAAAGCAGUUUGUUGGUGACUUUCUGUCGGAGUAUUAAUGGGUAUUUGGUCUUACUCAAAAUUAUGUUUCCUUCAAUCUGGUUUGCUUCGACAAAUUGUUGUUCACCAUAAGAAACGUCUUUUAAGGGUGUAUUAUGCUUCCUCAUCUGCAUUGUUAAUGGAAGACUAUGACUUUGAUUGCAUUCCCAAGGUUGAAAGUGAUAAUAAUGAAGUUGGGGAAUUCCAAGUUCCUGAGAAGAGGUUCAAAUUUUGUAGAAACCCCAGUCUUUUUCCCAUAGUUGUUAGGGUAUUUAAAUCAUUGAAUUGGUGUGCCGCAAGGAAAAUUAGCUUUCAUAAUGCUGUAAAGAUGUAUGGAUUUGAUCAUUCAAUAUAUGCUUUUCGGAUCAUUAUUCAUAUAUUUGCUAUGACAGGGAUGCAGAUGGAAGCACAUGCGUUGCUUAGAGACAUUGUUUGUUACUAUAAAGGAGUUAAGAAUGAUGUGUUUGAAUUAUUACCAUAUCUGUUAGAUUCACCUGAGCAUGUCCAUAGAUCAACUAGUGUCUUUAAUGUGCUCAUUAAGGUGUUUGCAUCCAGUUUGAUGGUUGAGAAUGCUGUAGAUGUUUUCGUGGAGGCUAAAACAAUUGGGAUUGAACUAAGUAUUAUGUCAUGCAACUUCUUGCUAAAGUGUUUGCUAGAAGCAAAUAGAGGGGAAUUUAUGAGAAGUCUGUUUGAAGAAAUGAAGAACUCUGGGCCAUCACCUAAUGUUUACACCUAUACAAUUAUGAUGAACUUUUAUUGCAAAGGAUAUUAUGGGAGGGGAGCAGACAUCGAACAGGCAACUAAACUUAUGGAGGAGAUGGAAAGAGAUGGAAUAAAUCCAUCUGUUGUAACAUACAGUACAUAUAUUUGCGGGAUAUGUAGAGUUGGUCAUGUUGAAUCUGCUCUAGAUUUCAUUCGGGAUUUGAGAUCUGGAAACCAGCCUAUCAAUAGCUUCUGUUAUAAUGCUGUUAUUUACGGGUUUUGCCAAAAAGGUGAACCAUAUGAAGCUUCAAAGGUUUUGGAAGAAAUGAGGAGUUGUGGAAUUUUACCGGAUGUUCAUAGCUAUAGCAUUUUGAUUGAUGGGUUUUGUAAAAGAGGUGAUUUUGUGAAAGUUUUUAAUUUUAUUGAUGAGAUGAAACACAAUGACAUGAAGCCUUCAAUUGUUACUUAUACCUCACUGUUUGAUGGGCUGUGUAAGAGCGGACUGGCAGAUGUUUCACUGAACUUGUUCCGUAAUUUUUGUACUUCUGGAUAUGAGUUUGACCUAGUUGCUUACAGUGUCUUGCUCAAGGGCCUUUGUCUUCAAGGUGAUCUGGAUUCUGCCAUGGAACUUUUUAAUGAGAUGAUCAACAAUGGCUUAAUUCCUACUGCAAACAGUUUCAACAGGUUGAUUCACGGAUUCUGUAAGAUGGGGCCCUUAGAUAAAGCCUUGGAACUUUUCAAUAUUAUGCUGCAAAGUGGUGUCUUACCUACUGUCUUCACUUUCAAUGUAAUUAUUGACGGGUAUUGCAGUGCAGGCCAUUUGGAGGAAGCUUUGAAACUUAUAAAUGAAAUGCAUGAGCUUGGCUUUUUUCCUAACUCCUAUACGUAUAACGGAAUUAUUAAGAGGCUAUGUAAGCAAAGCAGUGUAGAAAAAGCUUGGGAACUUCUUCCCCAAAUGCUUAAGAAGGAUAUUCUUCAUGAUGCUCCUUAUGACAUCAUAUUAGAUGGAUUUGCUAAACAGGUGAACCCUAAGAAGGCCAUGAUGCUGUACACUAGAAUGUUAAAGCUUGGGGUCACACCAACUAUUUUUACAUAUACAAUUCUUAUCAACUUAUUCUGCCAGAGUGGAAAUAUGUAUGAAGCAUGGAACUUGUUUAUGGACUUGCUAGGAAGGGGUUUGAUUCCUGAUACAAUUUUUUAUACUACUAUUAUAGAUGGAUUUUGUAGAGUUGGAGAUAUGAGGAAGGCUUGUGCUUUAUUUAGAGAAAUGCCUCAAAAAGGUUGUUCACCCAAUGUUGUUACCUACACCUGUCUAAUCAACGGAUUUUGCAAUGUACAUUGUAUGGAUGUGGUCAACUUGUUAAUUUCUGAAAUGAAAAAACAAGAUAUCAACCCUGAUGUGGUGACUUAUACUGCUUUAAUUGCUGGGUUCCGAAGACUUGGCAAUGCUGAUAGAGCCCUUGAGUUGUUCACUGAAAUGAUAAGGAAUGAUAUUUUGCCCGAUUAUGCUGCUUAUAGGCAUGCCUUCACAUGAUUAGAAAACUGAGGAAAUGAUUAAAGAACGGAAUGGUUAAUUGCUUUUUCUUGGUCGUGGCACAUGAAAGAUUUCUUUGGCUCACUUAAGUUUCUAUGAUUCUGUCCGCAGCUUCCUUGGCUAAAUGCUCGUUGAGAGUGGCAUUUGAAGAUUAUGAAAAGACCAGUAUGAAAAUGAUCUCAUACCGUGAGAGGCAUGACUAAAUCAAUUUGCUUUGGUAAAUUUAUUGCUAAUUAUCUCAUAUAUGACUGAGAGUUUGAGGCUUUCACAAUCAGAAGAAAUUAAAUGUUCUAGUUUGUGUUUUUGGAAUAUUUUUUUUCCUGUUGAAAAGGUUAGGAGAAGAGAUUUUCUUUUGGUUGAUUUAUUUACUUUGUGCUUAUUAUCAUUAUUAUCUUUUUCUCUAUACUUCUUGGUAAAAGUAUUUGGGAAGAUGUUGGAAGUCAAAACUCAGUAAUUAGACCCGAAAGAUUUAUUUGUAUGGUUAUAUACAUGUGCCUUAUUGCUUUUGCAGAAAAGGUAUUCCAUACAGAACCUAAUCUGAUGACUCAAGAAGGCUUCCACAUCAUCCCAUGGGAUAUGCGUCAAUGCUUUUCAAGCCCUUGUCUGAGCCUUCAUCUCAAAAACAGCAUCCCAAUGCCCAAGGCUAGGUUCUAUAGUCAAACCAAUCAGAACUUUCUACAGACGAUCAGGGGUGAAUUGGACCUUCCGUAGUUAACCAGUCUUAUGAUUGGCUUGAGGGACACUUUGUCUUUGGGCAGGAGAUUGAGAAUUGGCAAUCAGCAGUAAGAGAGACACUAAUGGAAGACAAUGUUGUCUCUGUAUUGGGUUUGUUUUGGAUCAUUCUGCAUUUUCUUGCACUAUUGAAUAAUAAACCCUGUUCCAAAUCCCUAUGCUUUGCAGUUGAUAUCUGUGAUAUGUGAGAUUUGGUUUGCAAUAUCUUGGAUAUUGGAUCAGUACCCCAAAUGGCUUCCUGUUAACCCAGAAACCUAUCUUGCUAGGCUUGCAUUAAGAUACGAUCGUGAAGGAGAACUGUCGCAAUUAGCUGCUGUU